UGCUCAUUUGAAGUUCCCUCGUCAGACGCGAAGAAGCUCUUUCCCUCUUUCCGAACUGACCGCUCCAUUGCUAAACCAUCCCCACAGAGACAGAGAGACAGAGAAGGCGUUUGGUGUAUGGACCAGUCGAUUUGCCCAAUUUGUCAUCAAUCUGUUCCGUCCUUCCAACUUCAAAGGCAUGCCAACAGCCACUUCGAGGAUGAGGAACUCGCAAGGGACAUGGAAUUGGCCCAACAAAUCGCUCUUGCUCCCCCGAGUCCCCCCUUUAUUAAUAAUCCAGUGAAGAAUGACAUGCCAUGUGAAACUAGUGCUCAACAAAGCCAUGGAAGUAGUACCUCGAGGUGUGAUGGGAGGGAAAGUGAUGAUGGAGAAAGUAGCAUUGAUGAAAAGAUCUAUUAUUUAAUCAAUUUACAGAUUAGAGCGUCCUUCUACAAAGUUGAAGCUGGUUUGAUGGCCUUGUUGAGAAAAUGUUUGGAAUUAGAUUCUGCAAAUUCGACUAGUAUAUUGUCAGGUUAUGUUGAUCAUUUUCAGAGCAUUGAAUCAGAGGACAUAGGCUGGGGCUGUGGUUGGCGUAACAUCCAGAUGCUCAGCUCGCACUUGCUUAUGCAAAGACAGGAUGUGAGGGAGGUUUUGUUUGGUGGUUCUGGAUAUGUUCCCGAUAUUGCAUCACUCCAAAGAUGGCUUGAAAUCUCUUGGGAAAGGGGUUUUGACAUGCUUGGGUCGAGUCAUUUCGAUCACAAAAUUUAUGGCAAAAAAAAUUGGAUUGGAACUACCGAGUGUGCUGCACUUUUUCGUUCUUUUGGGCUUCGUGCCAGGAUAGUGGAUUUUGACAGCAAGAACAUUAAAACAAUAUCUUCUGCUUCUGGUUUGCGAGAUGGGGCAUCAGGAAUAAAAAUAUGCGGGCCAAUGGACAGAUAUCUGUCUAGAGGGGAUCCUAAUAUCCCCCAAUCAGGUUCUAGUUGCAAAGAUAAAUCUAGUUAUUCUAGUAUCUGUGUGGCAAAUGAUAUGGGUACUUCUAUCUGUAGCGAUGCAGUUAAAAGGUCACUCAUGGGUCAUCAAGUUCUCAUUGAUUGGGUUUGGAAUUACUUCUCUGACAAUAAGCUCACUACAUUGGGCAAUGCUCGCGUUAUUGUCAGCGAGAAAGCGCCCUUGUACUUCCAGCAUGAUGGCCAUUCACGAACCAUUGUUGGGAUUCAAGUCAAACAUCAGCACAAGGGGACACAACAAUACAACCUAUUAAUCUUAGAUCCUGGUCAUAAAACUGCAGCUCUGGAAAAAUCACUCAAAGAAAAUGUCGGAUGGCAAAAGCUAAUAAAAAUAGGUGUACACACAUUGAAGAAACCACAGUACCAGUUGUGUUAUAUUGAUCUUGGAAUUGCCUACGGCGUGGAGAUAGAGCAGCUCAAGACCUUAGACAGUGUCUAUGUUGAAUUUUAGACUAUAUCUGAAGUUGUGCAGUUUUUUUAGGUGCGUCUGCUUCAAUGCUUUAUUUGUCUGGAACUGAAACGAGUACAAUUCGCAUCCACCAUGUGAUAAGACAAUCAAGAUACAAAAUGAAAAACAUGGGGCAAACAUCAUGGAGUAUACACUGUAUAAAACUUUGUAAGCAUGUGCGUUUGCGUGUGUAGGUAUUUAAUUCUCGGCGAAGCUCUGGAAGCUGUAGAAUCUUGAACGAGGUACCCAUUUACAUGAUUUUUAUAAUUUUGGAAAGUUCAUGGGCAAUGGUCACCUGUGUUGUUCUAGACAAUAAGCUGCCAUUGCUUUUCAAUUUUGUUGAUUCCAUCUAUGGAGAGCUGAAUUCACACUGACAAUUGACUCCAGCUAUGGCGAGCUGGAUAAUUGCUUGUACCGUGUCAAAUGUGUGACACUAACAAUGAAGUUGAAUCCAUAGUACCCUCCAGCCAAAUAUACAAAUUCAGGUUAACUGUCUGUUUAUUUAUGCGGAAAACAUUUUCUUGGGAAAACACUUUCCAUUGAAAACAUUCUUUAGAAGAAAUCUUUUGUUCAGUAGCGGCUCUAAAAAAUGAUGGUGUUAGCAGUUGUAAGGGUGGUAGGGACAAGGUGGUGGUUGUAGGGUGAUGGCAGCUUUUGGUAAGACUCCAUUGUCUCUUUACACAUUUGAAAAGCAAUCUAAUUGACUCCA